CGGGCUGGAAGAAUGGCAACAAAAAGAGGACAGAUGAAGAAAAAACACCCAGAAGAAAAAAUGGAUAAAAAAGUGUUUGAUUUUGAUCCAGAGGAUGAAAAGAAAGAGCUGAGCGGCUCAGAGGACGAUGCUAGAGAAGAUGAAAAUCCAAUAAUGGAGAAGUCGGCAAAGAAGAGACCUGCAGCUGACUUUGAAGAGGAUGGGGCACCAUGUGCUGUGGGAAAUGAGGUACAAUCAAUGUUGGAGAAAUUCGGAGCUGAUAUCAGCAAAGUGAUGCAGGCCAAGAAGAAACGUCUGGAGAGUCUGACAAAGAACUACAUGAAGGGAAGCCAACACAAACUGGAGCAGCUGUGGAACUCCUAUCACGCCCAGAGGCAGAAGAUGACUCAGCAGUACUCCCAGCAAGUGUCCACAGCGCUGCAGCAGUGGGAGACCGAAGCCCAGCGAACUGAGGAGCAGGAGGAGAAGCUUAAUAAUCUGUUCAGACAGCAGCAGAAGAUCCUGCAGCAGGCCAGAGUGGUGCAGAACCAGAAACUGAAGACUGUCAGAGAGCUGUAUGAGCAGUUUGUGAAGAACAUGGAGGACAUGGAGAAGAGCCACGAUGCUUUCCUGCAGGGGGCGCAACAAGAGUUGAGGAAGGAGAUGGCCACCCUACAGAAGAAGAUCCUCAUGGACACGCAACAGCAGGAGAUGGCCACAGUACGUAAAUCUCUGCAGUCCAUGCUGUUCUAGCUGGCUGUUGCCACGGCGACUGAGCUGGUUCCUACUUUAAGGAUGCCUUCUAGGUUGGUGCUGCCAUGGUUAUUGGAGCUGUAGCUGUAAUCCUGUAGUGUUGACAUGGUUGCAUAACCCGUAUUUACAGAGUUCUGUUUCCAUAGCGACAAUGUUCUCUGCUCUGUUUCAUAAGAGUUUGUGAUUUCAGCUGUUUUUACUUGUUUAAUGAAAAUAUGAAUAACUGAGGUAUGUUUCAGUUCAUUCUGCAGGGUGACAGCAGCUUUACUUUCAUGUCAUUUAUUUCCAUGUGUUAUGUGUGUCAGACUAUGGUUGGGAACAUGGACAGCCUGUAAACUCAACUACAUGUUUUCCAGUUCAAUAAAAA